CGGGGGGCAGGACUUCUGUCCAAAUCGGAGUAGAGGAAACCAAAGUACCGGGGAACAGGGAGGCAGCAUAUACUCCUACGGGCAGAACCCACAGUUAUCUCCCUCUUCUGAGAAUUAGUCGGCAGAGAAAAUGAUCCAGUGCGUGCAGGCGAUGCUUUAUUUGGCGGUUCUGGUGGCGUUCGGCGCGUGCAGUGCUCCUCCUGUACCGUUAGACGACAUAUUGAUUGAGAAAACUUUCGUGCCAGAGCAAUGUGUGCGCGCAGUCAAAGUAGGGGAUUAUGUCAGGUAUCACUACAACGGCAUGUUUCCUGACGGCAAGAAGUUCGACUCAAGUUACGACCGUGGUAGCACCUACAACGUGUUUGUUGGCAAGAAGCAGCUGAUCGCAGGGAUGGACAAAGCUCUGGUGGGGAUGUGUGUCAACGAGAGAAGCCUGAUCAAGAUCCCACCUCACCUAGCAUAUGGCAAACAGGGAUACGGUGACAUCAUCCCUCCUGACUCUAUCCUCCAUUUUGACGUCCUGCUGCUCGAUGUGUGGAACCCGGAGGACGGCGUCCAGAGCAACACCUACCACAUGCCUUCCACGUGCUCCAGAAAGGUGGAGGUGUCGGACUACGUUCGCUACCACUACAAUGGCACCCUGCUGGACGGGACGCUCUUUGAUUCCAGCCACACCCGUUUGCGUACCUAUGACACGUACGUUGGGAUUGGGUGGCUGAUCGCCGGUAUGGAUCAAGGCCUUCUGGGAAUGUGUGUUGGAGAGAAACGCAUCAUCACUAUGCCACCAUCACUUGGAUAUGGAGAGAAUGGAGACGGUAGCGACAUCCCAGGACAGGCGUCUCUGGUGUUUGAUGUCGUACUUUUAGACCUCCACAACCCCAGAGAUGGGAUCACAGUGACCAAUCAGAUUGUGCCUGAGUCCUGCACGAGGAAAAUUGCUGCUGGAGACUUUGUACGCUACCACUACAAUGGCAGCCUUCUUGACGGAACCUUUUUUGAUUCCAGCUACUCUCGUAAUCGUACCUAUGACACCUAUGUGGGUCAGGGCUACGUGAUUGCCGGCAUGGACGAGGGUUUGAUUGGAGUCUGUGUCGGAGAGAAGCGCACCAUCACCAUCCCCCCACAUCUCGGCUACGGAGAGGAGGGCACAGGCUCUAAGAUCCCUGGUUCAGCUGUGCUGGUGUUUGACAUUCACAUCAUCGACUUCCACAACCCAUCAGAUAAAACUGAGAUCACUGUCACUCACAAGCCAGAAGAGUGUGAUAAGCAAACCAAGAAGGGAGACUUUGUCAAAUAUCACUAUAACGCCUCUCUGAUGGAUGGCACAUCCAUCGACUCUACGUAUAAUUAUGCAAAGACAUACAACAUUGUCCUGGGAGCCAACCAGGUAGUCCCAGGGAUGGAGGACGGACUGAUGGACAUGUGUUUGGGAGAGAAAAGGCACCUUGUUAUUCCCCCUCACCUGGGCUAUGGGGAGAGAGGAGUCACUGAUGAAGUUCCAGGGAGUGCUGUGCUGGUGUUUGAUAUUGAGCUGGUAGAGAUGGAAGAAGGACUUCCUGAAGGCUACAUGUUUAUCUGGAACGACGAAGUGUCACCCGACCUCUUCACUGAGAUGGACGCAGACCAGAACAAGCAGGUGGAACCCUCUGAGUUUACUGACUACAUCAUGCGGCAGGUGAACGAGGGUAAAGGACGCCUGGCUCCCGGAUUCGAUCCCUAUCGCAUCAUUGACAACAUGUUCUCCAAUCAGGACCGGGAUGGAGACGGAAAGAUCACAGAGGCAGAGUUCAAACUUAAAGCAGAUGAAGCCCCUCAUGACGAGCUAUGACGGGACUGAGUGUAGAGAUCAGAUCAGGGUGAAGGUUGGGGGGUCAGACAGCGGGGUUAAAAAACACAUGUGGGUGGUAGACUAGAUAAAGACUGGGUUCUAUUUGUAAAGUCAGUGAGCGUGAAGUGAGAAAUGAGCUGAGAGAUUUAGUUUUUUUACUUUGAAGAUAAAGAUGAUGUUCAAGGGGCAUCUGGUCUGUUGGGAAUGAGAUCAUUUUGAGAGAUUAAUAUUACAAAGAAAACUCCUCAUAUGAGGUCUCAUCUUAUGAGGAGUGAUGAUGACAGAGAAUUUCUUUUGUUUACCUUCUCUCCCAUUGAUAUCCGGGUGGAGAUCAGGAAAUGAUGAUCUGAGACUUCAAAGAUGACGAGUCCAAAGAGUUCAGAUCAUUUGCAGCUUCAUUCAAACAGUGAACAAACUUUCACGACACAGUGAGCCACCUCUGUACACACGGAUGUCUAUACAAGAGUGACCCUUUGAACAUCAGAAUAACUGCGUUCUUUUUUUAUAGUCUUCUUGUCCUGCACCGGUCAGUUGAUCUAUUUCUGUGAGACAGGGUUACCUUUGAAACCCCUUUUUAUUUGUGAGACACUUCUACUAGUUUUACACAUUCUGAUCUAUUCCUGCAACAUGUGUCCACUUAAUGCUGACCCUGGCCUGAAAGCUCCCUGAGAAUAGUUAAAUAAGUAUUCCUUACAUGCAUAAAGACCAACUUAUCAUCCGUCAAGUUGGGUUGUUUUAUGUGACUUUUAUUUUGAAGGGUACAAAAGCACUCGUGUGUGUGAAAGAACAAACUGAGGCCUUACUUCACCAUCUGUAUGUUCAGCACUCCUUCGUUACUUUUUUUAUUGUUAAGUUUUUGUGGUUAUGCGUGUUGUUUUUUUUCACUGGGUAUCGGCUUGUUUCUGAAAUAUCUGACGGUCUAUCAGGAGCAAGAAGUUGGUCAUCACUCACUGUAAAAUACUGUGAUGGACGGAAGUUACAUUUCUGAGUGUUUCUGAGUGUUAAAACUCAUUUAAUCAUAAAAGAAUAAGUGAUCAUUUUAAGUGAAUAAAAUUGUAUUUACAUAUUUUGUAGCUGACACUUUUACUGUUUACCUUUUAAAUGUCAGGAUGCCUUCUUUGUUUUCUGGAGUUGAAAUCAUCCAAAAUAAGGCUGACAGAUUCAAAAUCUUAAAACAGUGUUGAAGCUCUCUGGUCUUUCAAUAAUUUGGGGUGAACUUGUGUCAUUGCUUUUUUGUUUGCAUCACCAGCAAUUUAAGAGAGUGUGUGUGUUUGUGUGUGUGUCUGAGAGAGAAGUGUGUGUGAAUGUUGAACUUUUUUAUCCAGGAGAAUAAUGAGGCUAGAUGAUGACAAUGCCAACACUAAGUUUAACUUUAUUAAAUUACCUGACCUAAAUAUA